CUUGUGUGUGCAGCCGUUGCUAUGUUGAUGAGAAUAUAGACACGUAUAAUGGACAUGCAGAUGAAUACACACAUCUGCUUAUUAUAAACUCCAACCGGUGACUUUAUAGUUUGCAUUACAGCCAAAAGAUAUCCGUGAUGAGCUCAGAAACAGCAGCGAAACGGAUCUGAAUCAUGGUCAGACGUAAAGCCUCUCCCAGUCUUGAAACAACCUCUUGUGCUGCUCUCAAAAAGAAGCCUGUCACAACCAAACACAUCAUUUUCUAGAUAACACCUGUCGUAUCUCUCAGUGGAGAUGGCGGAGGAAGACUCUGGAGCAUCAAAGUUUCAGGAUACCAGUGCCUCUGUUUCCCAGUAUGAGAAUGAGAGGCCUCUGUUUCACAGUAACCAGAGACCACCGGGUCCCUCCGAGCCAUUUCUGGUGUCAGGAAGUGAUGUGAAAGUUCCGUACACCAUCAAUCGAUAUUUGAGAGACUACCAGCGAGAUGGCAUUAAAUUCAUCUAUUAUAACUACGCCAAAUCCAGAGGAUGCAUUUUGGGUGAUGACAUGGGCCUUGGAAAGACCGUUCAGGUUAUAGGCUUCCUAGCGGCUGUUCUGCGGAAAACAGGUACAUGGGAAGAUGUUGAAAACAACAGGCCUCAAUUUUUGAUGUCACAAAAAUCACCAGUACAUCCCAAAGUUCAAAAGGUGUUCCUCAUUGUGGCGCCGCUCUCUGUUCUAUAUAAUUGGAAAGAUGAAUUUGACACGUGGGGUCACUUCAGAGUUGUAAUUGUUCACGGUGGGAGGAAGGAAGAGGAGCUGGUGCGUGUACAGAGAGGAAGAUGUGAGAUUGCUCUUACUACUUAUGAGACCUUCAGACUCUGUCUGGACCAGUUUAACAGUAUCGAUUGGGCCGCUGUCAUUGUGGAUGAAGCUCAUAAAAUAAAGAACCACAAGUCCCAAAUCACUCAGGCCAUGAAGGAGAUUAGAUGUAAAGUGAGGGUUGGCCUGACAGGAACUAUUCUUCAAAACAACCUAGAGGAGCUGUGGUGUGUUAUGGACUGGGCCAUCCCUGGAUGCCUAGGCUCACUGGCGGGGUUUAAAAACAGAUUUUCGGACCCCAUUGAGCACGGGCAGAAACACACCGUGACAAAAAGAGCUCUGGCAGAAGGACGUAAAGCAGUUAAGGAUCUAGGAAAAAAGCUCUCCCGUUGGUUCCUCAGAAGAACAAAAGCCCUCAUCAGUGACCAGCUACCUAAGAAAGACGAUAGAGUGGUGUAUUGCUCUCUCACAGAUUUUCAGCAGACAGUAUACCAAGCUGUGCUGGAUACUGAUGAUGUGACCCUGUUGUUGCAAAGCUCAGGAAAGUGUCCGUGUGGCACUGGGCGUCCACGAAAGAAAUGCUGCUACAAAUUAAACGCAGACGGCGUGCCUGUCCGUUACCUUUACUUUAGUUAUCUCGCCAUACUUAGGAAGGUGGCCAAUCAUGUCGCACUACUGCAGUCCAGAGAAGGAACCAGCAAAAAACAGGAUAAAUAUGUGACAGCCAUUUGCGAGAAAGUUUUUAGAAAAUUUCCGGAUUUUACAGAGAGGUGCAAAACGGCCUCAUUUGAGGCGAUGUCUGAUCCAAUGUACAGUGGAAAAAUGAAGGUUCUCCAAAAGCUGCUAAAUCACUUUAUCGUGAAAAAAGACAAUGUUCUACUCUUCUCUCUCUCCACCAAGCUGCUAGAUGUUCUGGAGAGCUACUGUAUGGCUGAGGGUCUGGAGUACCGCCGGUUGGAUGGAAACACCAAGUCUAAGGACAGAGUGAAGAUAGUGAAGGAAUUCAACAGCUCUCGGGAUAUCAACCUGUGUUUGGUGUCUACUCUGGCUGGUGGGCUUGGCCUCAACUUCGUCGGAGCGAAUGUUGUUGUGCUGUUUGAUCCAACGUGGAAUCCUGCUAAUGAUCUUCAGGCUAUUGACAGGGCGUAUCGCAUAGGCCAGUGCAGGGAUGUGACGGUUUUUAGACUCAUCUCUUUGGGAACAGUGGAGGAGAUCAUAUACCUUCGCCAGAUAUACAAACAGCAACUUCAGACAUCAGUGAUGGGCUGUGAGAACGCGCGACGCUACUUCGAAGCUGUUCAGGGUACAGAUGGCCAGGCUGGAGAGUUGUUCGGCAUCCACAAUCUGUUCCGCCUGCAGACUGAUGGCACCUGCCUAACACACCGCAUUCUGGAGAGGGAGGGCAGAGUGGAGGUGGGGAUGAUGACGGCCAAAACGCAAGCUCUGGACGAGAGGAUGCAGGAGGCUGAUCCUAAGUCAGCAGACACUUCAACUGAGCGAGCAGCUGGGUCAACAGUCACCAGUUUCAAACCAGCUGAGGUGUUAGACUUCAGCAGUGCAAGUGAGGAUGAAGAUCCCUGCUGCUCCAGGCAGAAGUCCUCAAAUCCCAUCACAGGAGAGGAUAUGGGACCUGGUGAUUCUUCUAUCGGCAACAUAGGCCUUUAUAGACUGCUCCAACAACAUUUAGCUCAGAGAGAACAACAGGAAACAGACAGCAGUGAAGAAGAUUCUAGUAACCCCAGUCAUUCUGAGGAGAUGAAGGAAGUUCCUAGUGGAAAACAUCAUGGAUAUCGAGGACUGACAAAAUCAGGUCACACUUCUCAUGUUGUUCAACAAAUGCACAUAGAGUCGGCAGAUCUGGAGGUUGUUUCGCCAAAAUUUCAUAAACGCAACGAUUGCAUGAAUGCCGCAAAGAGCUGCCUUCCAAAAGGAGUCAAGUUUACAGAAAAACGGUCUGAAGAUGAUAUUGAAUUUUUUUCAUCAUCAGAUGAUGAGGAAAGAGUUAAAUGUAGGAGCGGUUCAUCUCAGCGGAGGCAAAACACUAAACAAAGAUCUGUUAGGUUCACAGGCUUACAGAACCAAAACACUGUAAAAACACCUGAAUCAGACAAGACCCACUGCAGAGAUAAGGGCAACACUGGAACAGUGGACACAUUAUUAGGUGGUCUUCAGCAUGUGAGCUACACUCACUCUAAUCAGAAGGUCGUGGGCUCAAGUAGAGCAGAAGACCGCCUGAGUCGUGCUGCCGUGCGAGAUGUGUUUGAACUCAACAAGCACUCGCAACUUCCUGCAAACCAGCUCCUGGAUUCCUCAGAGACUCCCAGCCAGUCAUGUGAGUCUGUACUCACUGAUCACAGCACAGGAAGACAGACACUGCCAGCAUGUGACAGACCCCACAUGGAGUAUCCGGUCACACACUUCAUCAAGACCUCUCACCGCCACAAAAAUAUCACUUUUAUCGUGGGCGAAACACCCAGUAGCAUCUGCAGAAACCAGCUGGAAGACAUGGCUCGGUUCUGAGCCGUCUCCGUUCAGGACUUUGCGGAAGAGAUUCUGAAGAGCGAUUCGGCACAGAGGCUAAGCCGAUUACAGAGCUUCUACAGCCAGAAGAGCCCUGAACUUAAGGACAUCAUCAAAAAGACCUUUCCAAAACCUUACGCUGAGCCAAAGCCACCCACAUCAACACCACCCUCAAUGUCCGGUACGGCCAGACAAAGACCUACCUCAAAACGAGCCCUCCCAAACGCGCCUCAAGUUGAGGUACCAGCCCCUGCAGUCGAGGAUCAAAGAGGAACAUCAAAGAAAAAGAGAAUUAGUCUUACAGAAACCUUUGAGCUUCACCAUCAUCACAGUACAGACCUCAGAAACAACAAAAUUAAGACCUUUACCGAUGACUCAGACCAGAGCAUGCACAGAUCCUCUUCGUUCAAGUCAACAAGUUCUGGACAUCUUCAGAGGAGCUGGGCACCAGUGGAGGAAAGGAGAACCAGUGGCAGAAGAUCUUUCAAAGACAAGGAACAUCCUUCAUGUUUGGUUUCCACACAAGAUUGCGAGGCAUCCAGUUCAACCCAGACCAAAAGCUCCCUCAUCACAGACCUUAUAGGUGAUACAUCCAUCCUCAAUGAUUUGUUCAAAUCCAAAAAGACCUUAGAGCGGCCUAGGGAGGCAACAGUUCUUACUCAUGCGGAAAAGGCAAAGAGUAGAGGAAAGGACUUCUGGGACAUUUUAAAUGAGGGAAAUGAAGAGAGCAUUAAUAAACUUACAGAUCUGUCUGAGGUGGAGAAGAUCUGUAAUACUGUUGGUGUCUCUGCAAAGUCAAGGAGAAAUAAUGAAAGUCAAAGCUCUCAACUUUGGAAAAAAAAUGAAAAAUUUCUCUGGAAAAUUGAGUGAAUUGAGCAGAAACGGUGAAGUGUUGUGGGGUUUGGUUUCUCAUUUCCAAAAAAUAUGAGCAGAAGAUAUGCUGUUUUAGAAUAAUAACACAAACAGAAGUUUUAUUCGAGUGCAUUUGCUUUUAUUUAUUUUAUUGUGUAUCAUAUUCACAUCUGAAUGUUCUAACAAUUUAAAGUGAUAGUUCACCCCAAUCUGAAAAUUCUGUUAUCAUUUAUUCACCGUCUUUUUUUUUUAAACCUGCAUGACUUUCUUUCUUCCGCAAAACACGAAAGAAGAUAUUUUGAAGAAUGUUGGUAACUGAACAAUGGCGGGUACUUAUUCACCUCUCAUCAUGGUUGGGUUACCAACAUUCUUCAAAAUAUCUUCUUUUGCGACGAAAGAAAGUCAUACAGGUUUGAAAUGACAAGAGGGCGAGUAAAUAAUGAUAACAGUUUUAUUUUUGGGGUGAACUAUCGCUUUAAUAUUUGGUUUCUUAAGAUUCCAUCAAUGACUGUCAGUAUAAAGUAUCAGUUUUAUACCGUAUCAUACUUUUUAAAAGUAUCAGUUUUUUACGCUCAUGUUUUAAUGACGACACUAAUGUACUGUACAGUAUGACUAAGAAGGAAAAUACACACCUCCAGAUCAAUAAAAGAACAAAUCAAAGCACUA